AUGUGUGAUGAAAAAUUGGAUAGACCGAAUACAUCAUUAUAUGGAACGAUGGAAGAAAAAAAUAAUGAAAUAGCUCAGUUAAAAUACGAAAUAACAGGAUUAAAAGAACAGGAAAAAAAGUUGUGGGAAUGGAUUAGUGAGAUGGAACAAAAUUUAGAGAGUACAGCAAAAGAAACUGUGUCCAAACAAGUGUAUGACGAGCUUGUGAAUACUUUAAGUUUACUAAAAAAUGAGAACAUUGAGUUAGAAAAUAAAGUUUUAGAAUUGAAAAAGGAAAAUGAACUUCUUAUUGAGAAAAAAGAAGGGACUUCUGAACUCAAUAACCAUGAGAAAGUUGAAGUUAUUGUUUCUAAUAACGAUACAUUUGUUUUAGAAUAUGAAAAGGAAUUAGAAGAAAAAAAUAAUCAAGUUUUGGAACUAAAAAAAUUAGUGGAAGAAACAACAAGAGAAAAUGAGGAGUUGUGUGAGUUGAAAGAUAUGGCAAAUAAUAAGGUUCAACUUCUCGAGAAUAGGAUUACAGAAUUAGAGUAUGAAAAUUACACCUUGUUCAAAAAGGUUUCUGAUGCAGAUGAAUACAUAAGCAAACAAGAAGAUGAGAAAAAGAAGUCUUCUGAAAAAUGUCAAUUGAAAGAACAAGGUUGCAAUUUAUUUACAGAAAUAAUUGAGGGAGGUAAAAAAGUAGAAGAUGACUUGAAAUUAGCUUAUGAAAAGUUUAGGGAGCAACAGAAAAUUUCGCAAGGUUUACGUUCCAAACUAACACUUCUUCAAAAUGAGUUAGAUAGGAAACAGGAAGAGUUAAUACGAUAUUCUAAAAAAAAAGAAGUCGUAUAUACUGAAGCAAAUAAUCAAAAAUUAGUUUCUUUAGAAGAACACGUAAAAGAUUUGGAAAAACAAUUAGCUGAUCAGAUAAAGGUUGUCAAUGAAUUAAUAUCCAGUGACGACAAAACUGAUAUUUUCAAAUACAAAGUUGAAAAUCAAAAACUUAGGAAUGAAAUGAACAGGAAACUGGAACGAUAUCAUUCUAGAAUAAGGUAUUUAUCUGGUGAAUUAGAUCAAGCCAAAAUAUGUAUUGAAAAGUUAAGAGAAACUGUCGUUGAGUUGCGUUCAAUUACUUAUAAAAGUGAAACAUACAAGAAUACAAAUAUUGAAAAUAAAUUGCAUGAAAUCCAGGUUAAUUUUGAUAUUCACUUGUCGAGUCCAUCAACAGAAAACUCAGUAAAUAGUAAACGCAAACUAGGAAAUACACAAGAUAUUAGAGAAAAAAUAAAAAGUUUCCGUAUUGAUUCUGGUAUUCAAAAUGAAAAGUUUUCUAUCUAA